GAAUUGAAUGAUACAAGAGUCAAUGAUACCGUUAGACAAGUCAAAGGUAUAUAUAAUAAUUUAAUCAUUAGAGAAAUGUAAUGCUUGUUGGGUGGUUCUUGGCGAUGUUAAUGAAAGAGUAGAAAAGAUGUAGAAGUACUUGGAUGAACAAAUGGAAAAGAAGAAAUCAGGAGGCUUAUUGUAAAAGGCUGCUUCAUAUAUCAAAGCAUCAUGA